AUGUUCACCCAAUUCAAAUCCUACAUCAAGGGCCACGAGAGUGUGCCAGGCGAAGCCAAGCUCCUCCGGAAGAUCGACACUUUCAUCCUAUCGUUCUGUUGUCUCUGCUACUUCACAAAUUAUCUGGACCGGAGCAACCUCAGCAAUGCAUAUGUAUCAGGAAUGAAGGAGGAGCUCAAUUUUAAAGGAAAUGAACUCAGUUUAAUCAACACCGUCUUUACCGUGGGGUACAUUGUGGGGCAGCUUCCCUCCAAUCUGGCGCUGACCUACCUGCGGCCGCAUCUCUUCUUCCCGGCCAUGGUGAUUAUCUGGGGUAGUCUGACCAUGAUCACGGCUGCUGUGCACAACCCCCAGGGCAUCAUGGCCAUCCGCUUCUUUCUAGGCUUGGCCGAGUCGAGUACCUUUGUUGGCACCCACUAUAUCCUGGGCGCCUGGUACACAGAAAAGGAGCUGGGGAAACGCAGUGGAAUUUUCACCGCGUCAGGCCUGGCCGGGACGAUGUUUGGCGGCUUCAUCCAGACCGGAAUUCAAUCAUCCCUCGAUGGCGUUCACGGACUAUCAGGCUGGCGAUGGCUAUUUAUCAUUGAUGGUCUGAUCACCAUUCCCAUUGCCAUUUACGGCUUUUUGCUCUUCCCCGACACUCCUACCACGACGAAAGCCCCCUACCUGACCUCUGAGGAGCGGGCCAUGGCCAUCGCGCGCAUCCCCGAAUCUGGGUCGGUGAAAGUCCCACUAAACCUGACAUUUGCAAAGCGCAUCUUCACCUCCUGGCACUGGUACGGCUUCGUGAUCUUAUGGAUCAUCGCCGGAGAGACAGAGUCGUUCUCCAGCAAUGCUCUGUUGGCGCUCUACAUGAAAGCCCAGCCCGCCAAAACCUACACCAUCUCCCAGUUGAAUAAUUACCCAACGGGCGUAGCUGCUGUAGGUAUCGUGUCCACCCUCUUCUGGGCCACCCUGACCGACUUCAUGGGUGGGAAGCGGUACCUUGUUGGAUACUUCAUUGCUAUCACGGGAAUCGUCACCUCCACGAUGAUAUUGACCCGAUAUGAGGAUAAGGCGGUCGUGUUCGGCGCAUACUACUGGGCUGGAGCCGUAUAUGCCUGUCAGGCAACAUUUUUUGCGUGGUGCAAUGACGUCCUGCGCUUCCAGGAUGACCGAUUCCGAUCUGUAGUCAUCGCCAGUAUGAACAUGGGCAGUAAUGCAGUCAAUGCCUGGUGGCUUCUGCUGUUCUACUCGGCAAAUUUUGCGCCCAGGUUUACCAAGGGUAUGUGGGCGAUGAUCGGUUGCUCAAUUGCCUUGGCCCUCUGGACGACAGGUAUCAUUUUGAUGACCGCUCGCGAAGAGAAAAAUCGAGACGACCAAGAACUGCGCGUGGGGGAUCUAGAUACCAAGAUAAUCGAGGAGACUGCUAGGGAGGUGUGA